CUCCCUCGACAACAGGUGCAUACGUCGUCCAACAUGUCUGAACACGGCGAAGUCGAGGUCGAAAACCCUGCUGCGGCCUUCCAGGUCCUGCCCAAGGAUGCUCUUGCCGAGCAGGGCAGCGUGAAGCUGUUCAACAAGUGGAGCUACGAGGAUGUUGAGAUCCGGGACAUCUCCUUGACCGACUACAUCCAGAUCCGCUCCCCUGUCUACCUUCCUCACUCCGCUGGUCGCUAUGCCGCCAAGCGUUUCCGCAAGGCUCAGUGCCCCAUCAUCGAGCGCCUGACCAACUCCCUCAUGAUGAACGGCCGCAACAACGGAAAGAAGCUCAUGGCUGUCCGCAUCGUUGCUCACGCUUUCGAGAUCAUCCACAUCAUGACCGACCAGAACCCUCUCCAGGUUGCCGUUGAUGCCAUUGUCAACUGUGGUCCCCGUGAAGACAGCACCCGUAUUGGUUCCGCUGGUACCGUCCGUCGCCAGGCCGUCGAUGUUUCUCCCCUCCGCCGUGUCAACCAGUCCAUCGCUCUCCUGACCAUCGGUGCUCGUGAGGCCUCUUUCCGCAACAUCAAGAGCAUUGCCGAGUGCUUGGCUGAGGAGCUCAUCAACGCCGCCAAGGGUAGCUCCAACUCCUACGCCAUCAAGAAGAAGGACGAGCUCGAGCGUGUUGCCAAGAGCAACCGGUAAAGUGGGAACUUUGGGCGUAUUCUCCGUUUGGUUCUGGUUUUGCGUGUACUGGAGUGGACGGGGGGUUCAAUAGGAUUCAGUCGAUUUGCAUGCAUCUGCGCGACUGUACAUACCUGAAAACAGUCACGGGAGGGAGCGAGAUCCUCAAAAAUGAGAGAAUUGGACGGCUUUCCUUCCACAGUAGUUGAGAUGCGAUCAUGAAGACCUCUGGCUUGUUCGGAGUCAGAACCUACCAUUUUUUAACUCUAAACGAAAAGAUUUUUUUACCUGUUCUCAUGUUCUUUCGGCCAUUGUUGUAUUUGAACACACUUGAUGAACCCCUCAACGACUCUAUCAUGUGUAGCCUAGAUCUGUC